AUGAAGUUCAUCGCCGGCUUGUCUUUCCUGGCCUCCCUGGCCGCCGCCGCCUCGGUUGAUGUCAACAAGCGCGAGACUCCUCUGGAGGUCAAGCUCGAGCUCCUGGGCAACACCGGCGUCAAGGCUUCGAUCACCAACACCGGCUCCUCGGCUCUCAAGCUGUUCAAGACUGGCACGCUCUUGGACCAGCAGCCGGUUGAGAAGGUUGAGAUCCACGCUGCUGACAAGCAGGUCUCCUUCGAUGGUAUCCGCUACCAGGUUUCCACCCAAGGCCUGACCGAGGAGGCCUUCCAGAGCAUCGCCGCCGGCGAGACCAUUGAGGUCGAGUUCGAUGCUGCCGAGACUCACGACCUCAGCGAGGGCGGUGCUGUCGAGCUUCUGAGCCAGGGCGCCUUCUCCUUCGCCGAGAGCGACUCGACGACCAUCGCCGGCGUCCUGCCCUUCAUCAGCAACGUCGUCUCGACCUCGGUCGACGGCGCGGCGGCCAAGAGGGUGCACGACUCCUUCCACGAGAAGGUCAAGCGCACCGUCGUGCAGUCGUCCUGCACGGGCUCGCAGGGCACGGCCACGCGCAACGCCAUCAGCGCCUGCCGCAGCCUGGCGCAGCGCGCGCAGACGGCCGCCUCCUCGGGCUCUGCCAGCAAGUUCCAGGAGUACUUCAAGUCGACGUCGUCGUCGACGCGCAGCACCGUCGCCGCCGUCUUCGGCCGCAUCGUCAGCGAGUGCGGCAGCACCACCUCGGGCUCGUCGCGCUACUACUGCAACGACGUGCUCGGCGCGUGCAGCAACGGCGUCCUGGCCUACACGCAGCCCGCCACCAGCAUCAUGGUCAACUGCCCGCUCUUCUUCUCCGCUCUGUCCCCCACCAGCUCCGCCUGCCACGCCCAGGACCAGCAGACCACCAUCCUGCACGAGAUGACCCACCUCACCCAGAUCAAGGGCACCUCCGACUACGGUGGAUACGGAUACAACUUCGUCCAGUCCCUGUCCGCUGCCCAGAACCUGAACCACGCCGACACCUACACCCUGUACGCCCAGGCUCUGUACGCCGGCUGCUAA